GGGGGCUGCUCCUUCUCCCAUUGCCCACACACACAAAAGCAACACAAAGUUCUGAACCACCAGCAGCAGCAACAGCCAUGGGAGGCAGCGAGCAAGCCGAUGUCGGUGUCGUCGACAUUAGCCUAAAGGACCUCUCGUCCAAGCUCGAGGAGUUCGCCAAAGUCAGAAAUUGGGAGAAGUAUCACAGCCCCAGAAACCUUCUCCUCGCUAUGGUAGGAGAAGUGGGAGAGCUAUCGGAAAUAUUCCAAUGGAGAGGGGAGGUGGAGAAAGGGCUGCCAGAUUGGGAGGAAUCGGAUAAAGAGCAUCUUGGGGAAGAACUUUCUGAUGUGUUGCUUUAUCUCAUCAGAUUGGCUGAUAUUUGUGGAAUCAACCUGCCUGAUGCUGCUACUAAGAAACUUGUUAAGAACUCCAUCAAAUACCCACCCCCAUCCCAGCCUCUUUAAUUUCUAAUAACUCGACUAGAGUUUACAGCCUCCGAAAAGUUUAAAUUUU